AUGAACUCUAAAUUGAUUAUUGCUUUCUUUGCUAUUAUCUUUGCUACAGUCUCUGCUCAAUACUACUAUCCAUAUGGAGGUUAUUAUGGUGGAUAUUAUAAUGGACUUUAUGGAUAUGGUUACCCAUCUUAUGGAUAUGCUUCAGCCUGGCCAUCUUACGGAUAUUAUUAUGGAUUUGGAAGUAAUAAAGGAAAUACAGCUGCUGAAAUAAAAGGAGACUCACAACAAGCUGGAUCAAAUAUAAAGCUCACUAACAACAUUUAA